AGAGAGAGAGAGAGAGAGAGAGAGAGAGAGAGAGAGAGAGAAAAGCUGAGGGGUUGAGUGUGCAGCACACAAACACAGAGAGAUAUAGAGAAGAGGACAUUGAUUUACAGACACAUACAGAGAGAGGUAGAGAGAGACUGAGGGGUAGAUAGAGAGAGAGAGAGAGAGAGGGGGGAUUUGAAUUACCUCGAAGUUGGACAGGUUAAACUUGGCAGAAGAUGGCUGAGGGAGGGGAGGGUGAGGAGGAGAUCCAGUUUCUCCGGACGGGUGACGAGGUGGUGCUUCAGUGCACAGCGUCUGUCCUGAAGGAGCAGAUCAAGCUGUGUCUCACCGCUGAAGGAUUCGGAAACCGACUGUGCUUCCUGGAACCCACGUCCAACGCUCAGAAUGUUCCCCCGGAUUUGGCUAUCUGUUCCUUUUUCCUGGAGCAGUCGCUGUCCGUGCGAGCCCUGCAGGAAAUGCUGGCGAAUACUGUGGAAAUGGGCAACGAGACGCUCGAUUUGGACAAAUGGUCCUCACAGGGAGGAGGUCACCGGACUCUGCUGUACGGACACGCUAUCCUGCUCCGACACUACCACAGCAGCAUGUACCUAAGCUGCCUGACCACCUCGCGCUCGCUCACGGAUAAACUGGCCUUCGACGUCGGACUGCAAGAAGACGCCACGGGUGAAGCCUGCUGGUGGACGAUCCACCCUGCGUCCAAGCAGAGGUCAGAAGGUGAGAAGGUCAGGGUCGGUGAUGAUCUCAUUCUUGUCAGUGUGUCUUCUGAGAGAUACUUGCACCUCUCCUAUGCCAGCGGGGACCUCAUGGUCGACGCCUCCUUCAUGCAGACUCUCUGGAACAUGAACCCCAUCUGCUCUGGCUGUGAGCUGGCAGAAGGGUUCCUCACUGGAGGCCACGUGCUCAGGCUGUUCCACGGACACAUGGACGAGUGCCUGGCCAUCUCUGCCUCGGACCAGGGGGAAGAGCAGCGCAGGCAAGCGCACUAUGAAGGAGGAACCGUGUGUAGCCACGCCCGGUCGCUAUGGAGACUGGAGCCCCUGCGAAUCAGCUGGAGCGGGAGCCACAUGAAGUGGGGGCAGCCCUUCCGCGUGCGCCACGUGACCACGGGACGCUACCUGUGCUUAGAGGAGGACAAGGGGCUGAUGGUGGUGGACCCGGAGCGAGCCAACACCAAGCGCUCGGCGUUCUGCUUCCGCGCCUCAAAGGAGAAGUCUGAGGUCGCCCACAAGCGGGACGUGGAGGGGAUGGGCACCCCUGAGAUUAAGUAUGGAGAGUCGAUGUGUUUCGUGCAGCACGUUUCCACGGGACUCUGGCUCACCUACGCCUCCGUGGACGCCAAGUCAGCCCGUCUGGGACCGCUCAAGAGGAAGGCGAUCCUGCACCAGGAGGGUCACAUGGACGACGCGCUGUCCCUCUCUCGCUCGCAGCAGGAGGAGUCUCAGGCCUCCCGCAUGAUCUACAGCACCACCGGCCUCUUCACACAGUUCAUCAAGGGCCUGGACUCCCUGAGUGGAAAGAACAAAUCUCAGAGCCCCGUGUCCCUCCCGAUGGACGCGGUGAGCCUGAGCCUGCAGGAUCUCAUCAACUACUUCCAGCCACCGGAGGAGGAGCUGCAGCACGAGGAGAAGCAGACCAAGCUGAGAUCUCUCAAGAACAGGCAGAACCUGUUCCAGGAGGAGGGAAUGAUCACGCUGGUGCUGAACUGUAUCGACCGUCUCAAUGUCUACAACACGGCUGCGCAUUUCUCGGAGUUCGCUGGGGAGGAGGCAGCGGAGUCCUGGAAGGAGAUUGUGAACCUGCUGUACGAGCUGCUGGCCUCCCUCAUCCGUGGGAAUCGAUCCAACUGCGCUCUCUUCUCUGACAACCUGGACUGGCUGGUGAGCAAACUGGACCGUCUCGAAGCCUCCUCAGGUAUCCUGGAGGUGCUGUACUGUGUCCUGAUCGAGAGCCCUGAGGUGCUCAACAUCAUCCAGGAGAAUCACAUCAAGUCCAUCAUCUCCCUGCUGGACAAGCAUGGCCGCAACCACAAGGUUCUGGAUGUCCUCUGCUCUCUGUGUGUGUGUAACGGUGUCGCUGUGAGGUCCAAUCAAAACCUCAUCACAGAGAACCUCCUGCCGGGUCGGGACCUGCUCUUACAAACCAACCUCAUCAACUACGUCACCAGUAUGAGGCCCAACCUCUUCAUGGGCACGUGCGAGGGCUCCACGCAGUACAAGAAGUGGUACUUCGAGGUGAUGGUGGACUGCGUGGACUCCUUCGUGGCGGCUCAGGCCACGCACCUGCGGGUGGGGUGGGCCCUGACUGAGGGGUACAGCCCCUAUCCUGGGGGUGGCGAGGGCUGGGGCAGCAACGGGGUGGGGGACGAUCUCUACUCAUACGGGUUCGACGGGCUGCACCUCUGGUCUGGGCGUGUCCCGCGAGCGGUUGCCUCCCCCAGUCAGCACUUGCUGGCCCCCGAUGAUGUGGUGAGCUGCUGCCUGGACCUCAGUGUGCCCAGCAUCUCCUUCAGAGUCAAUGGGCACCCGGUCCAGGGCAUGUUCGAGAACUUCAACCUGGACGGGCUCUUCUUCCCAGUCGUCAGCUGCUCUGCUGGGGUGAAGGUUCGUUUCCUGCUGGGCGGUCGCCAUGGCGAGUUCAAGUUCCUGCCUCCGCCGGGCUACGCUCCGUGCUACGAGGCGCUGCUCCCGAAGGAGAGGAUGAGGAUCGAGCCGAUAAAGGAGUACAAGCACGACUUCGAUGGGAUCCGAAACCUGCUGGGGCCGACCCAGUCCCUGACCCACACCGCCUUCACACCCUGCCCUCUGGACACUGCGCAGAUCGUGCUGCCCCCUCAUCUGGAGAGAAUCAGAGAGAAGCUGGCAGAAAACAUCCACGAGCUGUGGUCACUGACCCGCAUCGAGCAGGGCUGGACCUACGGCACGUUCCGGGACGACAACAAGAAGCUGCACCCGUGCCUGCUGGACUUCCAUCGGCUUCCUGAGCCAGAGAGGAACUACAACCUGCAGAUGUCCGGGGAGACCCUGAAGACGCUGCUGGCGCUGGGCUGCCAUGUUGGGAUGGCUGAUGAGAAGGCGGAGGAGAAUCUGAAGAAGACCAAGCUCCCGAAAACCUACAUUAUGAGCAGCGGGUACAAGCCAGCCCCUCUGGACCUGAACCACGUGAAGCUCACCCCUGCCCAGAACACCCUCGUGGACCGGCUCGCUGAGAACGGGCACAACGUGUGGGCACGGGACCGGGUGCGGCAGGGCUGGACCUACAGCAUCGUGCAGGACAUCCUGAACAAGCGGAACCCUCGCCUGGUCCCGUACAACCUGCUUGACGAGCGCACGAAGAAGACCAAUCGGGACAGCCUGUGCGAGGCCGUCCGCACUCUGAUUGGCUACGGCUACAACAUCGAGCCUCCAGACCAGGAGUCCAGUGGUCACAGCUCUGCCGGAUGUUGCGCAGACAAGGUGCGUGUUUUCCGCGCGGAGAAGUCGUACGCGGUGCACGCUGGGAAGUGGUACUUCGAGUUCGAGGCAGUGACCACGGGGGAGAUGCGCGUGGGCUGGGCGCGGCCAAACGUGCGCGCGGACGUGGGGCUGGGAGUGGACGAGCUCGCCUACGUCUUCAACGGCUGCAAGGCUCAGCGCUGGCACGUCGGCAGCGAGCCUUUCGGUCGGAACUGGCAGUCGGGAGACGUGGUGGGCUGUAUGAUCGAUCUGACAGAGAAUAACAUCAUGUUCACCCUCAACGGAGAGAUGCUGAUCAGCGACUCGGGCUCCGACCUCGCCUUCAAAGGAAUCGAGAUUGAGGAGGGGUUCCUCCCCGUCUGCAGUCUGGGGAUGUCCCAGGUGGGGCGACUCAACCUGGGGCAGGACGUCAGCAGCCUCCGGUACUUCACCAUCUGUGGCCUGCAGGAAGGGUUUGAACCUUUUGCCAUCAACAUGAAGAGAGACAUCACCAUGUGGUUCAGCAAGAGCCUGCCCCAGUUCAUCCCAGUGCCGACGGAUCACAGCCACAUCGAGCUCUCCCGCAUCGACGGCACGGUCGACAACCCCCCCUGCCUGAAGCUCACACACAAGACAUUCGGCUCUCAGAACAGCAACACGGACCUGCUCUUCCUGAGGCUCAGCAUGCCCGUGGAGUUCCACGAGACGUUCCGCGUGCAGGCAGGGACCACGCCCCUGACACGGGCUCUCACCAUCCCCGAGGAGGAGGUGAAGGACGUGGAGCCGGACUCGGAGUUCGAGCAGCACAAGAAAUCGGCCAGCCGCAAGGAGGCCGAGGCCACGGGGGACAAGGACCAGCCGGGGGUUCAGGCCAAAGAGCAGGCAGCAGCAGCAGCAAAGGAAAGCGGGAAGGGGGAGAACGACAAGGACACGACCACAGAGAAGAGCAAGAAGAGAGGCUUCCUGUUCAAGGCGAAGAAGCCCGCCUUCAUCUCCCCUCCCCCGGUGGUGCCCACCAUGCCCCGGCUUGUGGAGGACGUCGUCCCCGAUGACCGCGAUGACCAGGAGAUGAUCAUGAACACGACCACGUACUACUACUCCGUGCGGAUCUUUGCCGGGCAGGAGCCCAGCGGGGUGUGGGUGGGCUGGGUGACCCCCGAUUACCACCAGCACGACCCCAACUUCGACCUCAGCAAGGUGCGCAGCGUCACGGUCACCGUGGGAGACGACAAGGGCAACGUGCACGACAGCAUGAAGCGCAGUAACUGCUACAUGGUGUGGGGAGGGGAGUUCAGCAACAACACUCAACAAACACGCAUCAGCCAGGAGGACCUCGUGAUUGGCUGCCUGGUCGACCUGGCAACCGGCUUCAUGACCUUCACGGCCAAUGGGAAGGAGAUAAACACCUUUUACCAGGUGGAGCCCAACACCAAGCUGUUCCCGGCCGUGUUUGCCCUUCCCUCCAGCCAAAACAUGCUGCAGGUUGAGCUGGGCAAGCUCAAGAACAUCAUGCCGAUCUCCGCCGCGAUGUUCCGGAGCGAGCGCAAGAACCCGGUGCCGCAGUGCCCGCCGCGGCUCGACAUGCAGAUGCUGACCCCCGUGGUGUGGAGCCGCAUGCCCAACGAGUUCCUGUCCACGGACACGGGCCGGGUCUCCGAGCGCCACGGCUGGAUGGUGGAGUGCAGCGAGCCGCUCAUCAUGAUGGCACUGCACAUCCCCGAGGAGAACAGAUGUAUCGAUAUCCUGGAGCUGUCGGAGCGCCUGGACCUGCUCAAGUUCCACUCCCACACCCUGAAGCUGUACUGCGCCGUGUGCGCCCUGGGGAACAACCGCGUGGCCCACGCGCUGUGCAGCCACGUGGACGAGUCCCAGCUGCUGUACACCAUCGAGAACGCCUACCUGCCGGGGCCCCUGCGCUCCGGGUACUACGACCUGCUCAUCAGCAUCCACCUGGAGUCCGCCAAACGCUCGCGGCUAAUGAUGAACAACGAGUUCAUCGUGCCGAUGACGGAGGAGACGCGCAGCAUCACGCUGUACCCCGACGAGAGCAAGAGGCACGGCCUGCCCGGCGUGGGGCUCAGCACCUGCCUGCGCCCCAAACUCCACUUCUCACCCACCAGCUUCGUGGGGACCAACCCCGACCUCUACACCCUGAGCCCUUCCAUCCCCCUGCAGAUCCUCAAGACGAAAGCCAUCAACAUGCUGACAGAGGCGGUUCAGGACGGCGGGCAGCACACGCGGGACCCAGUAGGGGGCAGCGUGGAGUUCCAGUUCGUCCCGGUGCUCAAGCUGAUCAGUACCCUGCUCAUCAUGGGCAUCUUCCAGGACGAGGACGUCAAACACAUCCUCAAGAUGAUCGAGCCCAACGUCUUCGGAGUGCUGGAGGGGCAGGUGGAGGGAGAGGGGGAGGCGGAGGAGCGGGCCAAGGAAGAGGGGUGCGAGGAAGAGGCCAAAGAGCAAGAGGAGGCACCGGAAGAAGGGGAGGAAGGAUUCGAGGAGGACGAAGAGGAAGAGGAGGAGGAGGAGGAGGAGGAGAAAGAGGAGGAGGUGGAGGAGGAGGAGAAAGAGGUGGUGGUGGAGGAGGAGAAGGCGCUGGAAGCAGGGGAAGGAGACUCCAAGGAGGAGGAAGAGGGGCUGGAGGAAGGGCUUCUGCAGAUGAAGCUGCCUGAGUCUGUCAAGCUGCAGAUGUGUAACCUGCUUCAGUACUUCUGUGACUGCGAGCUUCGGCACAGAGUGGAGGGGAUCAUCUCGUACUCUGACCACUUCGUCAAACUCAUCCAGGCCAAUCAGAGGGAGCGAUACAACGAGCUCAUGAUGGCGUUCACCAUGAGCGCCGCGGAGACCGCGCGCAAGACCAGAGAGUUCCGCUCGCCACCGCAGGAGCAGGUCAACAUGCUGCUGAACUUCAAGCACGGGCCGGAAGAGGAGGAGUGCCCCGUCCCGGACGAGAUAAGAGAGGACCUGAUCGACUUCCACAACGACCUGCUCACUCACUGUGGAGUGCACAUCGAGGAGGAGGAGGAAGAGGAGGAGGUGGACAGCUCCCUGAGAGGAAGGCUCUUCAGCCUGGUGGACCGGGUCAGGAACUUCCGCAAGAAGAAAGUGGAGGAGGAUCUAGAACCAGAGGAGGACAGCAAACCCAGCACUCUCCAGGAGCUGAUCUCCCACACCAUGGUCCACUGGGCCCAGGAGUCGUUCAUCCAGAACCCGGAGCUGGUGCGGCUGAUGUUCAGCCUGCUGCACCGGCAGUACGACGGCAUCGGGGAGCUGAUCCGAGCCCUGCCCAAGGCCUACACCAUCAACGCCGUGUCGGUGCAGGACACCAUGGACCUGCUGGAGUGCCUGGGGCAGAUCCGCUCCCUGCUCAUCGUGCAGAUGGGCCCCGAGGAGGAGAGGCUCAUGAUCCAGAGCAUCGGGAACAUCAUGAACAACAAGGUGUUCUACCAGCACCCCAACCUGAUGCGCGCCCUGGGCAUGCACGAGACGGUGAUGGAGGUGAUGGUGAACGUGCUGGGGGGAGGCGACUCCAAGGAGAUCCGCUUCCCCAAGAUGGUGACCAACUGCUGCCGCUUCCUCUGCUACUUCUGCAGGAUCAGCCGGCAGAACCAGCGCGCCAUGUUCGAUCACCUGAGCUACCUGCUGGAGAACAGCGGCAUAGGACUGGGAAUGAGGGGUUCCACUCCCCUCGAUGUAGCUGCGGCUUCUGUGAUUGACAACAAUGAGCUGGCACUGGCUCUGGAGGAGCAGGACCUGGAGAAGGUUGUGACGUACCUGGCUAGCUCAGGCCUGCAGAGCUGCCCCAUGCUCCUGGCGAAGGGGUACCCCGAUAUCGGCUGGAAUCCCGGGGGUGGGGAGCGAUACCUCGACUUCCUUCGAUUUGCCGUGUUCGUCAACGGGGAGAGCGUGGAAGAGAACGCCAACGUGGUCGUGAGGCUCCUGAUUCGCCGGCCCGAGUGCUUCGGCCCCGCCCUGCGCGGAGAGGGGGGGAACGGGCUGCUGGCUGCCAUCGAGGAGGCCAUCAAGAUCUCAGAGGACCCGGCGAGGGACGGGCCGACCGUCAAGAAGGACCGCCGCUUCCCCAUGUUCGGAGGGGAGGAGGCCCAGGAGGAGAACAGAGUGCAUCUUGGGAACGCCAUCAUGUCGUUCUACUCUGCGCUCAUCGACUUGCUGGGGCGCUGCGCCCCGGAGAUGCACUUGAUCCAGGCUGGGAAGGGCGAGGCCCUGCGUAUUCGAGCCAUCCUGCGCUCACUGGUCCCCAUUGAGGACCUGGUGGGUGUGAUCAGCCUCCCAGUGCAGAUCCCUGCCUUCGGAAAAGACGGGAAUCCCGUUGAGCCCAAGAUGUCAGCGAGUUUCGUCCCGGAUCACAAGGCCCCGAUGGUUCUGUUCCUGGACCGAGUCUACGGCAUUGAGAACCAGGACUUCCUGCUGCACGUGCUGGAGGUCGGCUUCCUGCCGGACAUGAGGGCCGCCGCCUCUCUCGACACGGCGGCGUUCAGCACCACUGAGAUGGCUCUUGCUCUGAACCGCUACCUGUGCUCCGCGGUGCUGCCCCUCCUCACUAAGUGCGCUCCUCUGUUCGCCGGCACCGAGCACAGGGCCAUCAUGGUCGACUCCAUGCUGCACACCAUCUACCGGCUCUCCAGGGGGCGCUCUCUCACCAAGGCGCAGCGCGACGUCAUCGAGGAGUGCCUCAUGUCUCUCUGCAGGUCCCUCCGCCCCUCCAUGCUGCAGCAUCUCCUGAGACGGCUGGUGUUUGACGUGCCGAUCCUCAACGAAUACGCCAAGAUGCCCCUCAAGCUGCUGAAUAACCAUUAUGAACGCUGCUGGAAGUAUUACUGCCUCCCCAACGGCUGGGCCAACUACGGAGUGACCUCGGAGGAGGAGCUUCACCUGACCCGGAAGUUGUUCUGGGGCAUCGUCGAGUCUCUAGCGCACAAGAAAUUCGACGCCGAGCUGUUCAAGCUAGCCAUGCUGACUCUCUGCUCCAUCGCGGGCGCGAUCCCUCCGGACUACGUGGAUGCGAGCUACUCCUCCCAGACCGAGAAAAAGGCUUCCGUCGACGCCGAGGGCAACUUCGACCCCAAGCCAGUCGAGACCACCAACACUAUAAUCCCUGAGAAAUUGGACAUGUUUAUUAAUAAGUAUGCCGAAUACACUCACGACAGAUGGGCCUUUGAGAAGAUCCAGAACAACUGGAGCUACGGAGAAGUGAUCGACGAGAACGUGAAAACUCACCCCAUGCUGCGCCCCUACAAGACCUUCUCCGAGAAGGACAAGGAGAUUUACCGCUGGCCCAUCAAGGAGUCGAUCAAAGCGAUGAUCGCGUGGGAGUGGACUCUGGAGAAAGCGCGAGAGGGGGAGGAGGAGAAGACAGAGAAGAAAACCAAGACUCGCAAGAUCUCUCAGUCCGCUCAGGCGACCUACGACCCCAGCCAUGGCUACAACCCCCAGCCCAUCGACAUCUCAGGGAGCUCCCUCUCCAGAGAGCUUCAGGCCAUGGCAGAGCAGCUGGCUGAGAAUUACCACAACACCUGGGGCCGCAAGAAGAAGCUGGAGCUGCAGUCUAAAGGGGGCGGUACCCACCCUCUGCUGGUUCCCUACGACACCCUAACUGCGAAGGAGAAAGCUCGGGACCGUGAGAAGGCUUACGAGCUGCUCAAGUUCCUGCAGCUCAACGGAUACUCAGUGACCAGGGGUCUGAAGGACAUGGAGCUCGACACAUCCUCUGUUGAGAAGCGCUUUGCCUACGGCUUCCUGCAAAAGCUGCUCAAGUGGAUGGACAUCGCCCAGGAGUUCAUUGCCCACCUGGAGGCUGUGGUGAGCAGCGGGAGGGUCGAGAAAUCUCCGCACGAGCAGGAGAUUAAAUUCUUCGCGAAGAUUCUCUUGCCUCUGAUUAACCAGUACUUCAAGAACCACUGCCUGUACUUCCUCUCCACUCCAGCUCAAGUGCUGGGCAGUGGUGGGCACUCGUCCAACAAGGAGAAAGAGAUGAUCGCCAGUAUCUUCUGUAAGUUGGCAGCGCUGGUGCGUCACAGAGUCUCUUUGUUUGGAACGGAUGGCCCAGCUGUAGUGGACUGUCUUCACAUUCUGGCUCGCUCCCUGGACGCCAGGACGGUGAUGAAGUCCGGCCCGGAGAUCGUGAAGGCCGGCCUGCGCUCGUUCUUCGAGAACGCCGCGGAGGACAUCGAGAAGACGGUGGAGAACCUGAAGCUGGGGAAGGUGUCUCAGAACCGGACCCAGGUGAAAGGCGUGUCUCAGAACAUCAGCUACACCACGGUGGCGCUGCUCCCCGUCCUCACCUCGCUGUUCGAGCACAUCGCGCAGCACCAGUUCGGAGACGAUGUCAUCUUGGAUGACAUGCAGGUCUCUUGCUAUCGCAUCAUGUGCAGCAUCUACUCUCUGGGCACCACCAAGAACCCCUACGUGGAAAGGCAGCGCCCCGCUCUGGGGGAGUGUCUGGCCCGCCUGGCCGCUGCCUUCCCCGUCGCCUACCUGGAGCCCCACCUGAAUGAGUACAACAUGUUCUCUGUGUACAACACCAAGACCCCCCGCGAGAGAGCCCUCCUGGGGCUGCCUAACCAGGUGGAGGAGAUGUGCCCGGACAUCCCGCCGCUGGACAUCCUGAUGAAGGAGAUCGGGGACCUGGCGGAGUCGGGGGCGCGCUACACCGAGAUGCCUCACGUCAUCGAGAUCACGCUGCCCAUGCUGUGCAACUACCUGCCCCGCUGGUGGGAGCGCGGGCCAGAGAACUGUCCCGAGACAGAGGGGCUGAGCUGCACGGAGGUGACCUCGGAGCACCUCAACAUGCUGCUGGGAAACAUCAUGAAGAUCGUGGUCAACAACCUGGGCAUUGAGGAGGCGUCCUGGAUGAAGAGGCUGGCCGUGUUCGCCCAGCCCAUCGUGAGCCGGGCCAAGUCUGAGAUGCUGAAGUCCCACUUCAUCCCCACGAUGGAGAAGCUGAAGAAGCGCUGUGGGAAGGUGGUGGCCGAGGAGGACGCUCUGAGGCUGGAGGCCAAAUCGGAGUCCAGCGAGGCCGAGGCGAUCAUCAAGGACGAGUUCUCUGUGCUGUGCAGGGAUCUCUACGCGCUCUACCCGCUGCUCAUCCGCUACGUCGACAACAACAGGGCGACCUGGCUGACCUGCCCAGACCCUGAUGCUGAGGAGCUCUUCAGGAUGGUGGGAGAGGUCUUCAUAUUCUGGUCCAAGUCUCACAACUUCAAGCGCGAGGAGCAGAACUUCGUGGUGAUGAACGAGAUAAACAACAUGUCCUUUCUGACAGCCGACAGCAAGAGCAAGAUGAGCAAGGCUGGGAACGGACAGUCUGGAGGCUCUGACCAGGAGCGUACCAAGAAGCAGCGGCGGGGGGACCGCUACUCUGUGCAGACGUCCCUCAUCGUGGCCGCACUCAAGAAAAUGCUGCCCAUCGGACUGAACAUGUGCUCCCCGGCCGACCAGGAGCUCAUCAACCUGGCCAAGCUGCGCUACUCGCUGAAAGACACUGACGAGGAAGUGAGGGAAUUCCUGACCAACAACAUGCACCUGCAGGGCAAGGUUGAGAACUCCUCCAUUCGCUGGCAGAUGGCUCUUUAUAAGGAGCUGUCUGGGAAGGCAGAAGACUCUGAGGAUCCUGAGAAAGUGGUGAAGAGAGUCCAGGAGGUGUCUGCGGUGCUCUAUCACAUUGAGGUGACGGAGCACCCCUUCAAGUCGAAGAAGGCAGUCUGGCACAAGCUGUUGUCCAAGCAGCGUCGGCGCGCGGUGGUGGCGUGCUUCAGAAUGACCCCUCUCUACAACCUGCCCAGGCACAGAGCUUCUAACAUGUUCUUCGACGGCUUCAAACGCUCUUGGAUCGGGACGGAGGGCUACUCGUUUGAGGACAGAAUGAUCAACGACCUGGCAAAAUCUGGAGAAGAAGAGGAAGAAGAAGAGGAACCCACUGAGAAGAAGCCAGACCCCCUUCAUCAGCUCAUCCUGCACUUCAGCAGGACUGCACUGACGGAGAAGAGCAAACUGGAUGAAGACUAUCUAUACAUGGCAUACUCUGACAUCAUGGCUAAGAGCUGCCACAGCGGGGAGGAUGAAGGGGAAGGGGGAGAGGAAGAGGAAGGACAGGAGAUGUCCUUCGAGGAGAAGGAGAUGGAGAAGCAGCGGCUCCUGUACCAGCAGGCCAGGCUGCACAAUCGCGGCGCUGCUGAGAUGGUCCUGCAGAUGAUCAGUGCCUGUAAAGGUGAGACGGGCUCCAUGGUGUCCUCCACUCUGAAACUGGGAAUCUCCCUCCUCAACGGGGGCAACUGUGAGGUGCAGCAGAAAAUGCUGGAUUACCUGAAGGAGAAGAAGGAGGUGGGUUUUUUCCAGAGCACCCAGGCUCUGAUGCAAACCUGCAGCGUGCUUGAUCUGAAUGCCUUCGAGAGACAGAACAAAGCAGAGGGGCUGGGCAUGGUGACUGAGGAGGGGACUGGUGAGAAGGUGAUGGCAGACGAUGAAUUCACUUGCGACCUCUUCAGAUUGCUGCAGCUGCUCUGUGAGGGACACAACAACGAUUUCCAGAACUACCUGAGGACUCAGACAGGUAACACCACCACGAUCAACAUCAUCAUCUGCACUGUGGAUUACCUGCUCCGACUCCAGGAGUCCAUCAGUGAUUUCUACUGGUACUACUCCGGGAAGGACCUGAUUGACGAGCAGGGCAAGAGAAACUUCUCCAAAGCAAUGACCGUCGCCAAGCAGGUCUUCAACAGCCUGACUGAGUACAUCCAGGGCCCCUGCACUGGUAACCAGCAGUCUCUGGCUCACAGCAGACUGUGGGACGCAGUGGUUGGUUUCCUGCACGUCUUCGCUCACAUGAUGAUGAAGCUUGCUCAGAUGCACCUUCCAGCCGGACCCCGGAAUGGCGACCACUUUUGGACUAGGACUCACUGUGAGGACUCCAGCCAGAUCGGUUUACUGAAGGAACUGCUGGACCUGCAGAAGGACAUGGUGGUCAUGCUGCUCUCCCUGCUGGAAGGUAACGUCGUGAAUGGGACCAUCGCCCGUCAGAUGGUGGACAUGCUGGUGGAGUCCUCCAGCAACGUGGAGAUGAUCCUCAAGUUCUUCGACAUGUUCCUGAAGCUGAAGGACAUCGUGGCUUCCGACGCCUUCAAGGACUACGUGACCGACCCGCGGGGGCUGAUCUCCAAGAAGGACUUCCAGAAAGCCAUGGACAGCCAGAAGCAGUACUCCCCCUCAGAGAUCCAGUUCCUGCUCUCCUGCUCCGAGGCUGACGAGAACGAGAUGAUCAACUACGAGGAGUUCGCCAACCGCUUCCAGGAGCCCGCCAAGGACAUCGGCUUCAACAUCGCCGUGCUGCUGACCAACCUCUCGGAGCACGUCCCCCACGACACGCGGCUCCGGAGUUUCCUGGUGCAGGCGGAGAGCAUCCUGGGGUACUUCCAGCCUUUCCUGGGGCGCAUCGAGGUGAUGGGUCCCAGCAAGAGGAUCGAGCGCAUCUACUUCGAGAUCAGCGAGACCAACCGCGCCCAGUGGGAGAUGCCGCAGGUGAAGGAGUCCAAGCGGCAGUUCAUCUUCGACGUGGUGAACGAGGGCGGCGAGUCCGAGAAGAUGGAGAUGUUCGUGAACUUCUGCGAGGACACCAUCUUUGAGAUGCAGAUCGCCUCGCAGAUCUCGGAGUGCGAGGAGGAGGAAGGGAAGGAGGAGAGCGACGAGGAGGAGGGAGCGGGAGGAAGAGGAGGAGGAGGAGGAGAGGAAGGAGGAGGGGACGGGGAAGCAGGAGGCGACGCCGCCGAGCCCGGGUCUGCUUUCUCGGAGUUCGUCAACGGACUCCUGGAGUUCCUGGGCAUGUUCACGUUCCGGAACCUGCGCAGGCAGUUCCGCAGGCUCAAGAGGAUGACCCUGAAGGAGGUGGUGGUGGGGCUGUGGUCCUUCUUCUGGGCUCUGCUGAUGGGCAUCCUGCACUUCGUCUACAGCUUCUGCAAGGGCUUCUUCCUGCUGGUCUGGACCACCCUCUUCGGGGGAGGGCUGGUCGAGGGGGCCAAGAACAUCACCGUGACGGAGAUCCUGGCCAGCAUGCCCGACCCGACCCAGGACGAGGUCCACGGGGACCUGCCCAGCGAGGGGGGGAGCAAGGAGGAGCAGGAGGCUGCAGGGACGGUGGAUUCGCUGGACCCCUCGAAGGGGGAGGAGACCACCGACGACUCAGCUGACAUGUACGGGGCGGAGAGGAAGGAGCUGGGACCCCCCGGGGGGCUGGGAGACAUCGGGGAGCCCACCACCGUCGAUCCCCCCACCCCCGAAGGAACCCCGAUAGCCAGUAGGAAAGUGCAGACACUAGAAACCAAAGUGAUCGAGGAACCCCCACCGGAGCCGGAAAAAGCAGAUGUGGAGAAUGGAGAGAAGGCAGCGAAGGAGGGGGGCAGACAGGCAGAGGAAGGAGGAGAGGAAGACGAGAAAGAGAAAGUGGCACGCAGGAAGAAAACGAAGAGAGAGAAGAAGCCGGCGGAGUCCGAGGCCGGGUUCGAGUUCUGGAGCGAAGUGGAGAUUCAGAGGAUCAAGUUCCUGAACUACCUGUCCAGAAAUUUCUAUAACCUGCGCUUCCUGGCCUUGUUUGUGUCGUUCGCUCUCAACUUCAUCCUGCUGUUCUAUAAGGUGUCAGAGUCCCCCUCUGGCGACGAUGAUUUUGAAGGCUCGGGUCUGUUCGAGCAGGAGAUGGAAGGGUCUGGGUUCGAGGAAGGAGGGGACGAGGAUGAGGAGGACAGCGUGGUCUAUUUCUUCCUGGAGGAGAGUACGGGGUACAUGCAGCCCACCCUCUCCUUCCUCUCCAUCCUCCACACUCUCAUCUCCUUCCUCUGUAUCAUCGGGUACAACUGCCUCAAGGUUCCUCUGGUCAUCUUUAAGAGAGAGAAGGAGCUGGCCAGGAAGCUGGAGUUUGACGGUCUCUACAUCACUGAACAGCCUGAGGACGAUGACAUCAAGGGACAAUGGGACAGACUGGUCCUCAACACACCCUCUUUCCCAAGCAACUACUGGGACAAGUUUGUGAAAAGAAAGGUUCUGGAGAAGUACGGUGAUAUCUACGGCAGGGAGAGGAUCGCGGAGCUGCUCGGGAUGGACCUGGCCUCUCUGGAUAUCAGCACGCAGCACGAGAAGAAGCAGGAGCCCGACAGCUCUGUGCUGUCCUGGAUCACCUCAAUCGACAUCAAGUACCAGAUCUGGAAGAACGGAGUGGUCUUCACCAAUAAUUCCUUCCUCUACCUGGUCUGGUACAUGGUCAUGUCGAUGCUUGGUCACUACAACAACUUCUUCUACGCCUGUCACCUUCUGGACAUCGCCAUGGGGGUCAAGACGCUCCGCACCAUCCUGUCCUCCGUGACACACAACGGGAAGCAGCUCAUGAUGACGGUGGGGCUGCUGGCGGUGGUGGUGUAUCUCUACACCGUCAUCGCAUUCAACUUCUUCCGCAAGUUCUACAACAAGAGCGAGGAUGAGGAUGAGCCAGACAUGAAGUGUGACGACAUGAUGACUUGUUACCUCUUCCACAUGUACGUGGGGGUGCGGGCGGGCGGGGGGAUUGGGGACGAGAUCGAGGACCCCGCGGGGGACGAGUACGAGCUGUACAGGGUGGUCUUCGACAUCACCUUCUUCUUCUUCGUCAUCGUCAUCCUGCUGGCCAUCAUCCAGGGUCUGAUCAUCGAUGCCUUUGGCGAGCUGAGAGACCAACAGGAGCAAGUGAAGGAGGACAUGGAGACUAAGUGCUUCAUCUGCGGGAUCGGGAGCGAUUACUUCGACACGACUCCACAUGGCUUCGAGACGCACACGCUGGAGGAGCACAAUCUGGCCAACUACAUGUUCUUCCUGAUGUAUUUAAUUAAUAAGGAUGACACAGAACACACAGGGCAGGAGUCCUACGUGUGGAAGUUGUAUCAGGAACGCUGCUGGGAUUUCUUCCCGGCUGGAGAUUGUUUCCGGAAGCAGUAUGAGGAUCUACUGGGAUAAAAAAUAAAUAAAUAUUGGGAUGGAUGAGGGACGUUUGACACAUAACAAACAAACAAACAAAUAACACACACACACACAUCGCCCUCCUACCCCACAGUGCAAGAGAAUACACAGAGAGAGAGAGAGUUAGCUAAUACAAAUUCUGUAAAUACUGAUCGACCGACCCCCCCCCCCCUUAAAAAAUUGGGAAAACUGCAUUUUACUGUGUUAUUCAAGAAAAAAAAGUGUGCUGUCUCUGUUAAGCCCCACUGUCAUCUAUGCUUGCAGGAGCACUGGGUUUAGUGGGGGAAGGUUACUGGGAACCAGUCUCUGAAUGGUUUACGGGUGUGUGUGACCCAGUAACCACCUACCAUUGAUUUCACACUUUAUUAAAAAUAAUAAAAGAAAAAUGGGUUAGGAAAUCUGCUAACCAAAAAAGAAAAUGUUAAAAAAAAAAAUGUCACUAAAACACAGUAAACAAGUUGAUAAAUAGAACGUGGUAGCGUUUUGAACUAUGAUGUGCCUUAUCUCAACAAGCCUGGUAGGCUGGCCAGGGGAUUUGCUGUCACGAGUAACUCGCCUCGGCUCAGCGAUCCCUGCGCGAAACAAAGCAGCGGAAAGUUGGGAAGCGUCACACGUCAUUUACGUUUCUCUUGUGUUUGAAUACAGCGUGUGCUUCAGUCACUCAGAGUGGUUCUGGGUCCUGCUUAUCCAACAUUGAGUUCAUUUAUUAUCUAAUUCCGCUUUCAGCUCGCUUUGAGCUUAGCUUGAUUUUAUAUAUAUAUAAAUAUAUACACACACGCACAUACCCGAUUGCAAACACCAUGCAACAGCAAAGGGAUAUCUAGAAAACAAAGUUAACUGCUAAGUUAUCGGAUUUCAGCGCUGCCAUCGCCGAUGUAGUCCAUAUAGAGAUCGGAAAUCCCUUUCACGCAAAUACCUGAUGUGGGGGGGGGGCUGGGGGGGGGGGACUGCAAUACCAGACACAGCCAGCAGAGGGGGCUGCUCAAAUCAAUGUAUACUAUAGUGAACAAACAAAAUAUAAAUCUAUAUAUACUGUAAAUACUGUGUGUGUGCAGAAGGCAGGGUUGUGCCAUGGUAAUGGUUUCUACCUGUCUUGUCGGCACAUUAUCACUCUCACUCCCCCCCCUUUUUUUUUCUGACCCCCCCCCCCACCUUACUGCCUUCUCCGCUAACAAACCCCAGCUGCCGAAUGAAAGAAAAUCGUACGCUUGCUUUAUUUAUUUUGUGUCGCUUGUUGGAAGGUUUUUUUUUUUUGGUUUUUUUUUUCCUUUCUCGCUUCUUUAUUAUAAACUACUUUGUUUGUCUUUUUCUUUCAUUUUAAUUUAAUUUAAUUAAUAUUUCUUUUGGCUGUUUAUACGAAGAGAGGCGUUAGCGUUUGAGUUGAAUGUCCCCCCCCGAACCUCAGAUCUCAAGCUGGGAGUGAAGCAGGGAAGCAGUGUCCACAACAGCAUUGAAUGAACAUAAUCACUGAUGCCACAGUGUACCCAAGCAAACCCAUAUAUAUAUAGAGAGAGAGGGAUUUAUAUAGAUAUAGAUAUAUUUACAGCAAACAAAAAUUAUCAAGCACAUUCAAGUCUUGACACUGUUUCAUUUUAUAAAGAUGAUGAAAAAAAAAAACCAGGAUGGCAAUUUAUUUUAAAUCAGAAGUUGAUUAUUGAUUAUUGUUCUUGUUCCGUCUUUUCUUUCUCUUUUAUUUAUUGAUCACCGGUGGCAAUAACUAUCCUGUUCUGUACCUGUUUUUGUUUAUUGUCCUUGCAAAAAUAAUAAUAAUAAUAAUAAUAAUAAUAAUAAUAAUAUAUUCUAUUAAAGCAUAUGUUUUCAGGGAGUUCAGAACAAGUUGUCUUGGUGUCGCUCGCUUCACUUCUGUAAGAAGACAAACCAUGUCAAUUAGUUUCAAAUAAAACCAUUUAAGCACUGCUGUAA